AAAAUGCAUUAAAUGCGAUUAUCUUUAACCAGUUUAUUACUUAUCCGGUACCAGGAAUCAAGUGCUAUCUUGUGAGAGCGGAUUCAUGUUCUAAUAGAGGCAAUGUGGGCUCUGCCGGUCGAUGAUCAUUUGAAGCCUUAGACAGGUUGACGGAUGUCACCUCUCGUUGUCCAUAGCGGAUAGUCGGUAUUAUUCGACUUUGACGACCUGGAGGGUGGGGGGUCCAGGUGACGCCCGAUACCCCUCGGUGAUCGUUGUGCAAUUACCUCGGACUGUCAGGAGCGCAAAUCUUUUGGUGCCACUGGAGCGUGCGCACUGGACUUUCCAUAAACGGUACCGACUCAGUAUCACUAGAGUUCGACGACCGGUUGAGAGAGUGGGUUGGGGAGCACACCUUCAAUACUAAAAUCGUAACCCGAACCUGUAUAAUUAAUAUUCAUCUGUUUCUUGGCAUACCUGGCAGACACAUUACUUGAUUGAGCAGACUUGCUAGUAUAUUUUUCCUUACCAACAUGGCGUCAAUUUUGUACCGACACGCACCGGGCUGUUGUUUCCAUGGCAGCGACGCUGUUUAUUGAAAUGCAGGGGAGAGGGACUGUUCCUGGAAAACUGGUGACCAAUAACUCAUCAGAUUCAAUAAUGAAUGAGUGAAUGAACUUUUGUAUUUCCAAGACGUCAUGCAGCUUUCUUUUGGGCUGCAAGGCGUCCACUAGCACCUUGGCCUACCAUUAACCAAGAUAUGGAUAAGAUCAGCCCCACUAAUCGCAAAAAGCUUAUUGAACCAGGAGCUCCAUACACAAGGCUACCAGAGGUACCAGAGAGUCCUCCUACUAUAGAAGAUGAUCUCCACCUUAGUCUACGAGACUCUCUGGAAUCAGACACAGAAAGUCUUGCACAGGAACGCAAGUAUCAAUUUGAUCUACAAAGGAGGAUCCACCAGACAGAGAAGCUGGUUUAUCGGGAUGAGCCAAGUGACCACAGUAAAAAUGAAGUAGAGUAUAGGAAUGAUGACAAUGAAGAAGAUAAUGACAAUUAUUCUAUUUAUGAUAGCUUAGAAGAGCCUACUCUGAACUACCUUCCAGGUGAUAUACCAGCUUAUAAAGAAAAUGAGCCCAUGCAGCUGGAUGAGAACAAGGAAUCAAGGGCCCAGGAUGAUGAUAAAUAUGCAUCACUUCGUUAUGAUCCUGACUGGAUAAACAAUUUGGAUGGAGCUUCAAAGUUUGCCACAGAUGGACUCUCAGUUGUAGAAGACUUCAGUGGAGAUUCUCUUGGGGAAUCUCUUGAUGUUCCACAUGAUAGCCCUCGCAAACCUUGGGUUGAAGACUCUGAAGAGAGAACACUUCGAAUACACACACCAGCACCUAGCAAAGGGUCUGCUAGCUUUUCUGUAAGUAAGAACAAACAAAAUGUGGAAACCGCACCAAAACUUCCUCCCACCCCCUAUUACCCCCAGUAUAGGGAAAACAUGAACAAGAAUAAAAGCGGUGACCCGGCAGCAGGGCUCAGUUGGAACUUCCAAAAUGCAGAUGUAGAAAAUGUGAGAGCUUAUAAAGAAUUUAAUAAGCAAUCAAGCCUCAAUAAAGAGAUAAAAUGGAGUUCUGGCUUGGAAGAGGAAACAGAUGAGCCAUUGGAUUAUCAGUAUGAGGGAGAGUUGAAUUUUUCAAAUGUAAAAUCAGCGACAGUUGGUAAAACCAUCACUCCUGUUAAGUCACAUGAAGGAAAAAACUCAAACAAUAGACAGUUUAAAGAGGACCGUUCGAAAAAAGUAUCCCAAAAACCAGCCAGACCUACAGAGGACUUUGUGGAAAAAAACAAAUUUACUUUGGGAGUGAAUUCAGAAAAGCAAGGCUCCUACCUGCGUUAUCACAGUAAGAAGAAAGAGGCUAGUGUCCAGCAGCAGGUUUCCACAGUUGAAGAAAAAGAUGAUGACAGUGAGACUUACAGCAUCAGUAGUCAUGAAGGUCAGAAUGAAGCUUUAGACCCUGAACUGAGAUGGAUGCAAAGAACUCAGAAGCUUAAGACACACAAAAGCAAACAGCUUGUUGCCAGAAAAAGAGGGGAACAAGACAGCAGCAGGAAGCCUCCACUUCCCCCUGAUUCUAAGACUCAGAGAAGCAAUAAACAGAAUGGAGUCCUUGAGAUUCCCCUCCAAGACAGGCGUCACAAUGUAUCUUUUAAUGGCUCUCUCCAUUCAGAUCAUCAGAACUCUGAAGUUUUGGUUCUUGAUGACUUGAACUCCAGUCGUUCUUCAAAUCUUGACAGUUCAGGCAACUCUAUGGUGUCCACAUUGCAUGGUGCAAAAGUGAAGUCCUUCAAGCAGAAAGCACCCACUGUCAAUUUGAAUAUCAAUUUUGAUGGUGCUGACAUUCAGCCUUAUGUGAUUCAAGACCAGCAAAAGACUAUCAUCAACCUAAAAUCUCCCCAAAGUUUAUCUAGUAAAGCUGUUUAUUGGUCACCAAGGACCAUUCAUGACUCUAGCUUUGGAAAGUAUCCCGCUGGCCAGGAUGUAAUGGCUGCUUCUUAUGCAUGGCAAUACCCCAGACCUCUUCUGACUGCACUUCCAGCUUCCCAGGUUCCUUAUGAUGAACUCUUAGCCCAUCAAAAACAUGCAAACCUCAUGCAUCCACAAAGAACUGCUGAUGACAGAUUUGGGAUGGAACCCAUAACAUAUGAUAAAAGGAUGGAUCUUAACAAACAAAGAUUCUCCCCACUGUCUCACAUGCAGUCCAGCAACCAGCAGUUUGGAAAACUGGCCCAGCACAACCAGUGGCAACCCAGCGGCCAUCCCGAGCAAAAGGUGAAAACGUACACUGUGCUGCCCCCCAUUGCUCACACAAGUGGUAGCGAUUCCAACCUUAAUGAGCGGACAAGUGAGCGUUCAGUUUCCAAUCUACAGAGAAGCAGCUCAGAGGGCUACCUUGCACAAAUGGAAAAACAGAAGCAGUUGAGACAUAAAGUAACUUAUAAGCCUUAUACUUUGACAGACUACGCAAACUUGAAUCAAGAAAUGAAGCUGGGUGGUCUUGGCCCAAACUACAUGAUAUCUGAUGAGAAGACAGAGAAAAUGAAACAACAGAAAGAGUAUUCCAAGCAGAUUAGAGAGCAAAACCAAAAGAUGAAGAGAAGCUCUAUGCCUCCCGCCGCAAAUACUGAGAACAAGCAAGAGAAAAAAAAUACUGUUCGAGACAAGGCUUUGGAAUAUGCCAAGAAUAUUCGUAAACCCAAACCACCUGUCCAGACCAAGAGUACAAAUGAAAAGCCCACCAGGGAAGCCUUCAGUGAUCAUGUACAGUACUUAGAAGACCUGGACCUUUCCCAUCUGGCAACUUUGGAGAUGCUUCAGAGACGGCAUGAAGCAGAAAAGCAAGUUGUAGCCGGUUUCAAAGUCUUGAAUGUGGGUUGACCUAUUUUCAGGUGGGAUUAAGAUAGGAUUUAUAAUCCCAAGCAAGAACAUACUGUCACCUACAAAAUGACACUGUGACAGCAUUAUGAUGCACUUCCCUUGACACUUAAAUCUUCUUCUGGAAUUUGGUUGACUAUUUGUAUUUAAUUAAUUACAUUUCAGUGGUCACAGAAUAAUUUAUGGACAUCACAGUUGCAGAAUUUUUGUAAUGAAUAAAUACACAUAAACAAACACAACUGGCCCAGUGGUCUAAAUAUUAUUCCAUGGAUUUGGAAAAACAAACAAAUUCAAAUGCAUUUCCAGAGGUGCUCAAAGUAAAGCAUUACUAUUACAACUUGAUUACAGAGCUGUUAUAUUCUUUAUAUAAAUGUUUUUUCUAUGACCAUUAACCAUGUGUAAUUUUGUGUAAUUCACAUUCUUUGUAUUCUUCUAAACAACAACAACAAUAAUAAUAAUAAUAAUAAUAAUUUGAUAACAUCAUUUAUAAGCCCAUUAUGUGCAAAGAAGCUAUCUGCCACUUUUUACUGUUUAAACUGCAGCCAAGUCUUUCUUUUUGAUUUAAUCCACCAAAACUGUGUGCAAUAUUUUAUGAACUGUAAAAUCCAGUAAAAUGUUAAAAUAUAUCUGUCUUUAUUUCUGAUGGUAGCGGAACAAUUUAAACAAAAACAUAGUGAUAUGAUGAUUGCAAAAUUCCUCAUGUAACUUCUCUAGUAUUCUGCUGUAUAUAGUGUAUACAUUUUAACUGAUUGUUAACUGUUGGGCUUGAGUGCCUGCUAAAGCUGAACUGGAGGGAGUUAUGAUUUUUAUUAUCAUUUUAAAAUGUGUCAGAAAUGAACAAAUUGGUCCCUCUAGCCCCACCUACCACGUGACAGAAUUGUCCUUGAACUAUUUGGAUGGAAUGGCUUAGUUUCCUCAUAGUCUCACACUCCAGUGAUUCAUUCCAAUGUUGUGAUUCACCAUGACAUCAUAAUCUAUAUAAUAUGCCAGUUAUUGUACGUAAUUAUUGUUUUCUUAUUUUAUGAAAUAAUUACAGUAAUUGCA